UCAUCACAGAACCGAACACACCUUAUCCUCUCAUCAUCUUAAUAAAAAAUGUAGGAAAAAUACGUGAAACAAGGAAUUGAAUUUGAAAGCUGCGGCAAAACACAGAACAGCGCAGCACCGCGCUUUUCCCGCUUGUGUGAGAAUGCUGCUGAUGGAGAGCUUGAAGCUUCCAGAUUCCGUACACAGAUGCCAUAUUUUUUCAACACUUCUCUCUCCCCGCCCUUCCACAUUUACUUCGGCUACCACGGCAACAUUCAACCUCCUCGCAACUGCUAAUGGUCGCAGGGCAUGUGUGGGCCAGUUAAGAGAAUUUGUCCAAGUUUCUCCAAGCAAGUUAUACCACAGAAACUACAAGUCGAAGGCAUCGCAACAAUUGCUAUUUGCCAUCAGAAACACAGCAGCAUCAAUACAGCCUGAGACUAAAGAAUCAGUGGAAACUACAUCAGUGGACUUUCCUGUGAGUGGUGAUGCUAUACGCCGUCGGUUUCUGGAAUUUUAUUCAUCCCGUGGUCACAAGGUUCUUCCAAGUGCAUCGCUUGUGCCAGAUGAUCCUACUGUUUUACUUACGAUUGCAGGCAUGCUCCAAUUCAAGCCCAUAUUUCUUGGAAAGGCACCCAGAAGUGUGGCGCGUGCUACUACUGCUCAAAGGUGCAUACGGACAAAUGAUGUGGAGAAUGUGGGUCAGACAACUAGACAUCACACCUUUUUCGAGAUGCUUGGAAACUUCAGCUUUGGUGAUUACUUCAAGAGGGAAGCAAUUAAUUGGGCUUGGGAGCUUACAACCAAGGAGUUCGGGUUAUCACCCAAGAGAUUAUGGAUUAGUGUUUUCAAGGACGAUGAUGAAGCAUUCUCUAUAUGGCAUGAUGAGGUGGGUGUUCCUGUAGAGCGAAUAAGGAGGAUGGGUGAGGAGGACAACUUUUGGAACAGUGGAGUAACUGGCCCCUGUGGUCCAUGCUCAGAGAUUUAUUAUGAUUUCCAUCCUGAGAGGGGUUAUAUGAAUGCUGAUUUGGGAGAUGAUAGUAGGUUUAUAGAGUUUUACAAUUUGGUCUUCAUGCAAUAUAACAAGAAGGAUGAUGGAUCACUUGAACUGCUAAAACAGAAAAAUAUUGAUACAGGGCUUGGUCUGGAGCGUAUGGCUCGGAUUCUUCAGAAGGUUCCAAACAACUAUGAGACUGACUUGAUUUAUCCCAUUAUAGAGAAGGCCUCAACAUUGGCAGGGGUCUCUUACGCUGAUGCUGAUGAUGAUAUAAAGACCAAACUUAAGAUAAUCGGAGAUCAUAUGCGUGCAGUUGUCUAUCUCAUAUCAGAUGGGGUUCUCCCAUCAAAUAUCGGGAGGGGUUAUGUAGUUCGGCGGCUCAUUAGAAGGGUUGUUCGUAUUGGCAGGUUACUUGGUAUGAAGGGUUAUGGUGAGGGGGAUCUUGAAGGAGCUUUUCUAUCUACACUUGCAGAGACAGUAAUUGAGUUGAGCACCCGAAUAGACUUGGAAGUAAAGGCCAGGUCACUCCGGAUUCUAGAGGAGCUAAAAAGGGAAGAGCUACGUUUUGUUCAGACUCUUGAGAGAGGAGAAAAGCUGCUUGAAGAAUUUCUAACUGAUGCAUUAUUAAGUGCUAAGAAAAAUGGAAGCCGACCUUGUUUGUCUGGGAAAGAUGCAUUUCUCUUGUAUGACACAUAUGGUUUCCCAAUAGAAAUAACAAGCGAAGUUGCAGAAGAGCGAGGUGUGAGUAUAGAUAUGAAGGAUUUCGAUGUUGAAAUGGAGAACCAACGACGUCAAUCUCAGGCUGCUCAUAAUGUCGUUAAGCUUUCUGUUGGAAGUGCAUCUGAGCUUACAAAGAGUGUUCCUGAUACUGAAUUUCUGGGAUAUGAAACCCUUUCUGCCACGGCAACGGUAAAAGGCCUGUUGGUGAAUGGGGAUCCUGUAGUCCAGGUUUCCAAAGGAAGUGAAGUUGAAAUUUUGCUGAACAGGACACCAUUUUAUGCUGAAUCAGGUGGUCAAGUGGGAGAUCAUGGUUAUCUGUAUGUCUUGGAAUCUGAGGAAGAUAAGGGAAAAACUAUCGUGGAGGUCAAAGAUGUCAAAAAGUCUCUUGGAAACAUUUUCGUUCAUAAGGGUACUAUUAGGGAGGGAACUAUUGAGGUUGGUACAGAAGUGGAUGCUGCUGUGGAUGCAAAUUUGAGACAACGGGCUAAGGUUCAUCAUACUGCUACACAUUUGUUACAGGCUGCACUUAAAAGUGUCCUUGGUCAGGAAACAUCUCAAGCUGGUUCCUUGGUGGCUUUUGAUCGUCUCCGCUUUGAUUUCAACUUCCACAGACCACUCCAAGAGCAUGAGAUGAUGGAAAUUGAAGGAUUGGUUAAUAAAUGGAUUGGUGAUGCAACACAUCUCCAAACUAAAGUAAUGCCUUUAACUGAUGCCAAAAGAGCUGGAGCUAUUGCAAUGUUUGGUGAAAAAUAUGGGGAAGAGGUGCGAGUUGUAGAGGUUCCUGGUGUGUCAAUGGAACUCUGUGGCGGGACGCAUGUGAGCAGCACUUCUGAAUUACGUGGCUUCAAAAUUAUUUCCGAGCAGGGGAUUGCAUCUGGAAUCAGGCGUAUUGAAGCUGUAGCUGGUGAAGCUUUCAUUGAUUACAUCAAUGUUCGAGACAACCAUAUGAAACAUUUAUGCUCCACUCUCAAGGUAAAAGCUGAAGAUGUAACAGGGAGGGUAGAAAGCCUGUUGGAGGAGCUACGAACGGUGAGGAGUGAAGUUUCAGCAUUACGCACUAAAGCAGCUGUAUACAAAGCAUCAAUGGUUGCAAGCAAAGCCUUUCCAAUAGGAACUUCCAAGAUCAGGGUUCUUGUUGAGAAUAUGGAUGAUAUGGAUGCUGAUUCGCUAAAGAGUGCUGCUGAAUAUCUUGUUGAGUCUCUGGAAGAUCCUGCAGCUGUGGUUUUGGGCUCUUGCCCAGGUGAAGGGAAGGUGAGUUUGGUGGCUUCAUUUACUCCUGGGAUCGUUGAUAUGGGGAUCCAAGCAGGGAAGUUUAUAGGAGGUAUUGCUAGGACAUGUGGAGGGGGAGGCGGUGGUAGGCCUAAUUUUGCCCAAGCAGGUGGAAGGAAGCCCGAGAAUCUGUCGAAUGCCCUGGAUAAAGCUCGAGCCGAUCUCGUCACCGCUCUGUCCGAAAAAGCAAGCUGAAAUUCUUGUGUCCCAUUUGUUAUGGAAUCUCAAUUCAAUGAUCUUGAGGGGCCUUACUUUGAUGGCCAUGCCCUUUUGUGAGUGAGCAGGCACACCUCCCAAUUGCAUCUCCAUGCCUAGCUUCAGAAGAAUGUGAAUCUUAAUUUGUUCACACCACCUUCAUUGUGGGUAGUUUCUGAAACUCCAAUCUACAUUUGUAUAGCAACAUUGUGUGUAAAUAAUUAAAUGCUGUAAUGAUGGUUAAAAAGCAUGGAUUGUUUUAAUAAGUAGCGUCUUCUUGCGGAGGCCUUUUCAACUAAAAUUAUUCAUCUUGUGACCUAAUUAAAGCACCUGCCAUUCCAUUUA